AUGACGGAGAAGAGAAAGGACAGAGAUGGGAAUAAACACAAGAAAGAGGGAGGGCACAAGAAGAGAAAGCAGUUCAAUUCCAAAGCCUCGAGUCAAGGAAAAAACACAAAAAAGGACAACAAGAGAGGUGAGAGGGGGAAGAAGACUGGGCCUCGUUUGCCGAAUGCAUUCAUGAAGGAGCUCGGUAUCAUAAAUCGUUCUGAGCAAGACUAUUUGAACAGUGAUGAAGACAUUGAUUCUGAUGAUGUCAACAAUGUCUAUGAAUAUGAAGAAGCGAUUCCAGAGGAAGAAUCCAGGAAGAAUCGCCGAUAUGAUCAUGUCGAUAACUUCGAAUAUGAACUUCCUGAGAAAUUUAAGGAUGAGAAUGUAGCAUCAGAUGAUGAGGACGAUGAAAAUGAAGAUGAAGAUGAAGAUGUUGAUGGUACUAGGGAAAACCAUGAAGGAGGGGACCUUGAAGAGGAGGAUGAUGGAAGGCAUGCAAGGAUGUUGCAAGAAAUCACUGGCUUGCCCAGUGAUGCUUUCGAAGGCAAGAAGAGGAAAAAUGAUGUUGUCAUAUCAGAGGCAUAUCCUGAGUCUGAAUAUAAUCCUAGUCGUGAUGUUCUAGAUGGUGAUGGCCGCAUUAGUAUUGAAGAUCUUCUGGACCCACUUCAUGGAAAGUCUGGCUUCAGCAAACUUAGGAAGAGCAUGCAUCGAAUGGAGAGAAGGUCAAUGUCCAUUCAUGCACCUCUUCCAAAACCAGAUCGAGAGAGAUUGGAGAGGAAGGCAGCAUAUGAACAAUCAAAGAAGGACAUCUCCAAGUGGGAACCAUUAGUCAAGAGGAAUAGAGAGGCACCUACCAUUUAUUUUGAUGAAGAUAUAGAUCUGGGAUUUUCAACUGUAGGGGCAAUAGCAUCUGAAUUUGAACCUAGAACUGAUUUAGAGAAGAAAAUUGCUACCUUGGUAAAUGAUAAUGAGGUUGUCGAAGCUCAUUUAAAAGAUGGUGCCAGACUUCUUGAAUUGAACAAGAUAUCCAUUGAAGAUGUGAAGGAUCACCAGAACCGUCUUGCUAGAAUGCGCAGUCUUCUUUUUCGUCAUGAAAUGAAGGCAAAACGUGUCAAAAAGAUAAAGUCCAAAACAUAUCAUCGAUUGUUAAAAAAAGAUAGGUUUAAAGCUGCAGUGACUGCAAUGGAAAUGGAUCCAGAAGCUGCAAAAGAACUUGCAAUGAAGCAAGAGUUCAAAAGAGCUGAGGAACGCUUGACGCUGAAGCACAAGAACAGCUCCAAAUGGGCGAAGCGCAUAUUGAAGCGUGGUUUGGAUGUCCAAGAUGAAGGAACUCGUGCUGCUGUAGCUGAACAGCUACAUCAACAUGCUCUUUUGACUAGAAAAAUAAAUUCUAUGAAGGAAAAUAGUGGCAGUGAUGACAUCAGCGACGAAGAUGAUGACGAUGAAAUCUCAGAUGGUUCAAACGAGACUGGUGCUUCGAAAUUGUUAGAGAAAGCAAAAGAGAAGACACGUGGAGUUUUAGAAGAAGCUGAUGAAAUGCCUAAAUCGGGAGUGCUUUCUUUACCUUUCAUGGUACGGGGGUUGAAAAAGAGAAAAGAGGCCGCCGAUGAGGAAAUGAAGCUUGUUCUGCAGGAGUAUGAGUCAUCAUUGAAGCAGUUGGAGGAUAAGAGUGAGGCUGAAAGUUUAAUGACAGGUACUUCAAGUGGUAGAAGGGUGUUUGGUGCUCCUAAAAAGCAGGUUCAAGAAUCCAGUAAAAAGAUUGAAUCAGAUUAUUAUUAUAAUAAGAGUGAUAGUGAAGAUGACUUUGAUGCCAAAGAAGAUGUUGACGUUGGGCAUGCCAAAAGUGAUUAUUCUCAGAAAGAUGUUGACAUUGAUCCUGAUUUACUUCGUGAACAGUCUGAAAUUGAUCAUGAUCAUGUGUUUAAGAGUUUUGAUGAUAUUGUUAAAGACCCAGGGCCAAAGACAACAUAUGAAGUUGCUAUUUUCGCAUCCAAUUCAUGGAAAAAGAUGAAAAAUUUAUCAGAAAACAAUGAUGAGAUCAGCAGUGAGAAUAAACAAGUUGCCCAUGCCAAAAACUCGUCAAAAGUUAUGGAAUCUGCUUUGCAUAACCAAGAUAUAGAGGAAGAAGAUGAGGAAAGUGAUACAGAUAGUGAAGGGCAGAUGGUAGAUGGGGUUUUGUCCUCUGGCACAAAGUCAACUUAUGAACUCCCGUCCCAAGAAGAACUUAUACAGCGUGCUUUUGCGGGUGAUGAUGUCAAGGAAGAUUUUGAAAAAGACAAAGAGGAGGUCUUGAAUGAGGAAAAUCCAGAUCCUGAAAAGCCUGUGUUACUCCCUGGCUGGGGCCAAUGGACUCAUAUACAGAAAAAGAAAGGCUUACCUUCUUGGAUGCUGGAUGAGCAUGAGAAUGCCAAAAAAAAGAGGGAGGAAGCCCUAAAGAAGAGGAAAGAUGCACAUCUUAAACAUGUGAUCAUCUCUGAAAAGUUUGAUAAGAAGGUUAGUUUUAAUUUUGAAAUUCAAUGCCCAUUUCUUUAG